UUGAAUUUGAUGCCUGCAACAUGUUCCAGAAAAGCAACAAGAGACUGGGAAAGUUGAGGAAUGCUCAAAAAACACGUUUGGAAACUUCCACAGGUGAACAGAUUCAUUGCAAACAGCCUCGGAGGAACUUGGGGAAAGAAGCAGUGGGCAGAAACCCAGGAGGAGUCCUCUGCAGGCCCUUUAUGAUGGUGACCAGGUAUGUGGUGUUAAAAAGGCCUCGUCCUUGGUCAGACAUCUCCGUAGACUUUGUGACGGGAUUACCGGCAUCGAAAGGAAAUACCACCAUUCUCGCAGUCGUGGACAGGUUCUCGAAGAUGGCACACUUCAUUGCACUUCCGAAACUCCCCUCAGCUAAAGACACUGCCAAGUUACUGAUACACCAGGAGUUUUGCAAUCUCAUAGGUGCUACCGUCAGUCUGUCAUCUGGGUUUCACCCCGAAACCAACGGACAAACCGAGAGGCUGAACCAGGACUUGGAGACUGGGCUCCGAUGUCUCGCUUCAUAAGAGCCACGAUCCUGGUCUCAGAAACUGCCUCAGAGUCCACAGUUCCAGCGGGAUUGACCUUGGUGAGACGCUGCAGGAGGACGUGGGAGCGAGCCCGCCAGAUGCUGCUGCGCCAGGGACGGUCCUACAAAACCGCAGCUGACCGUAGGAGGACACCGGCCCCGAACUACAAAGUCGAGUCAGCAGUGCAGGCAAUCCAUCAAGGCCGACGAGAGCUUUUAGAAGAAGCCUGCCAUUCCUACACUCGAAAACGUAGAGUCCUUAUCCCAGAUGACCUUAAGCAUGUUAUCGUGGAUGACCAGCAUGGCUUGCUGUAUUGUUAUGUACCCAAAGUGGCCUGCACCAACUGGAAGCGAGUACUCAUGGUCCUGACUGGCGCCGCCAGAUCCCUCCGAGACCCGUUGGAGAUACCAGCAAAUGAGGCCCAUGUGUCAGGAAACCUGCACACCUUGUCUGAGUACUCCACCUCCCAAAUCAACCAACGCUUACGCUCCUACUUGAAGUUUGUGUUUGUACGUGAACCAUUUGAGCGGCUCGUGUCCGCAUACCGCAACAAAUUCACACGAAGCUACAACACAGCUUUCCAUAAACGAUAUGGCACCAAGAUAGUGCGCCGGCACAGGCCCGACCCACAGCCAGAAGCUCUGGAGAAAGGCGACAAUGUCUCCUUUGAGGAGUUUGUGUAUUACCUUGUAGACCCAGCCACCCAGAUAGAGGAACCCUUCAAUGAGCACUGGGAACGGGUGCACUCACUGUGCCACCCCUGCCUAAUUCACUACGACGUGGUGGGUAAAUAUGAGACACUGGAGCAGGACUCCAACUAUGUGCUACAGCUGGCUGGAGUGGAGGACCAAGUCCAUUUCCCUGCCUCGUCCAAGAGCGCCAGGACUACAGGAGACAUGGCAGCACAGUUCUUCCACAACAUCAGUCCUUUCUAUCAGAAGAAGCUGUAUAACCUGUUUCGCAUGGACUUCCUGUUAUUUAACUACUCUGUGCCAUCAUACCUCAAGUUUUGAUGAGGCAGAGGUGUUGUACUGUACACCCAUAGAUGGUGUAUGAAGAUGCCUUUUUGACAACACUAAUAAACCAGAAUAUUAAUUACCAAGUACAAUACAGGUGAACCACCACGUUGUACACAAUGUAGUUCAAAAGGAGGUGAAACUUGGUAAUAAUGGAUAUUUUACUGUAAAAAGUGAUCAAGUGAGUACUAGUCUGUGAUUGAGUGAACAAUUUCACUUUAAACUUGAAAUGUUUCUUUGUUUUUCCUGGUGGAUUUGCACAUUAAAUGUGAUCUCUUUGUUGGGGGCGAAGUUAUAAUAGCACAAUGAAAGUUUUAAAUUGCUUUUGGACAGAGAAUGUUUCAUACGUGCCUUUUGAUGGUCAACCUUAAUUUGACACUAGAGAAAAUCAUUUCUGAAUGUGUGCGCGUUUCAUUUUGUAAUGUUGGACAAAAAUGUUUUUAUUUAUUGUUAUUUUGAUCUGCAUUACAUCAGACUGGCCAAAAACUUUUGUCACAAUUUUCAAAUAAAUGUUACCCAGCAACAAAAUGUAUUGGAUUAAAUAUUGGAACUAUGAACGUACACUAAAGCAUGACAAUCAUAACUGACACUUAGGUACUAUUCUAGACAGUCUACACGUACCUAAAAGGUAUGUACAUAAUACAGAAGUGGCAACAUGUCAUACAUACAGCAAGAUGCAUGACAUCAGCUUUGUGCAAACAGUUCAAAGAAACGUGUGUGUGUGUAUACACUCUCCUCCAAAAGUGCUGGAACAGUGAAAACAUUUGAGCUUGACCUCAAAAGAUGAACAUGAGAUCGACAGUUUAGCUUUUUUUUUUUACAGGUACUGGAUCUGAUGCACAAUUUAGAAGAUAACACUUUUUGUUUGAACCCACCAUUUUUGUCAUGUGAGCUAAUGUUUUGAAACGUGACUGACUGGAGUGGGUUGUUGCCUAUUACACUGAUUUUUCAAAUAAAUAGUGCAGAAUGUC